GCCUUCCGGGAUGCGUGUCUCCGCAGCAAGCUCAAAGCACUCGUCACGCAUCUCCCAUCUCCGCAUCGCGAUGACGCUGCGACGCCAGGAGCCUCUGAAGCGCCCCGCCGCGAAGGCGGUGGCGAAGGCGAAAGCGAAGGUGGCGAAGGCGGCGCCUGCACCAGGUCUCACCAGCAAGAGGUGCGUGGCCAUCUUGCAGCGGGUCCAGAAGGACGCGUCGCUCCCGAAGGAGGCGCUGCAGGUGCUGCGCCAGGCCCUGAAGUGCGCCAAGAGCGGCAAGAAGGAGGAGCUCCCGAAAGCCGCCGGGCUGCUGGGCAGCGUCAUGGCCAAGGCGGUGAAAGCCUUCGAGGAGGAGCUGGCAACGGCCCGCGAGAGCUUAGAGAAGGCCAAGGAGGAGCACCAGACCAUGUCGUCGCAGCAGGCCGAUGCAGAGGCGCAGCUGAAGUCGGCCAAGCAGGCGAUGGUUGACUUCAAGGCGAAGCUCAAGGACUCCCAGCGGUUCAUCUCAGAGGAGACCAAGGCACUGGCCAAUGCCUCCGCAGAGCGCAAGAGCGCCUUGCAGGAGGUGAAGCUGGCGGAGAAGGACUGCUGCCAUUUGCAGCAGGUCCAGGAGAAGAACUACAAGCCGCUGCGGGAGGCCGAGGAAGCGACCACGGCGCCCUCGCGGAAGCAGAUCAACAGUCUCUGCAAGGCCGCAAAGAAGGUGGGCUUCCACCGAGAACUGCUGAGCGUGGCCCCGGCAGUGCUGAAGAAGGAGCUCACGAAGCGCCAGACCUUCGACCAGCUGGUGCUGAGGUCCUUGGACGCCGAGUUCUCCAAGCGAUCCCAGGCGCUGCAGAGUAAGCUGGAGGAGAACCAGCAGAGCCUGGAGCAGCAGGACCAGGCCAUGGAGGAGAAGCGCCAGGCGCUGGCUGCGGCCAAGGAGGCUGUGAAGCACACGGCGCGGAUGAUUGUAGAGGCGGAGACGCAAGCGGAGUCCAGCAAGCGAUCGGUGCAGCUGGUGGCGAAGAAGGCGAAGAGCGUGCCGCAGAUGGUGAAGCAGCAGGCCCGGAAGUUCGAGGCAGUUCGGUCCAAGUACCAAAAGUUUCGCGCGGGCCCUCUUGCGACCUAUCUGACCUACCGGCCCGUAAAGAACGUGGAGGAUGAGGAUGAAGAGGAGGCCACGCAAACGGCAUGAGCCAGAGGUUGCUGCUGAGUGUGAGCUGCUUUUAUCGUAGCCCGGUGAGUUUUCUUGUACAGAACUCCCCUUGUGCAAGCAGAAAUUCGGGGCAGAGCUUGUGGGAAGCUGCAACCUUUGCCCCUUGCAGCACAGAGGUGUGGCGGGCC